AUGCCCAGCCCAAACAGACCCGAUCUUUCUGCAGAUGCUCUUUGGUAUGAACGUGCAGUUUUCAUGGGCGCCCUGUCGUCCUGGAUGACCUUCGGGAUGAUAUGUGUCGUCUGUCUGCAGACAAUACACCUUCUCGUCGAAGAUCCUCCAAGACGAGGGGCCAAGCGAAACCAGGUCCUCAUUGCGUUCACACUCAUAAUGUUCUCGCUUGCCGUAUCCUUCAUUGGGCUAUAUACACGUAACUUCCAACUACAAUUCAUCGAGAAUCGUAACUAUCCUGGUGGCCCAAUGGCCUGGGGACGAACACAAUUCAGCAGUGCACGUUUUGUGUCGCCCAUUGUGAUCAGUGUUGUGAUCUCAUGGUUGGCUGACGGCUUUCUAAUAUAUCGUUGCCUUGUAAUAUUUCACUUCAAUUUGUACCUCCUUGCACUCCUGGUGGCCUUGUUCUUUGCCAGCAUGGUAUCCGGCAUUUUCUUUCUGAAUGAGACCAUACAAUCUGGUACCGGCUUGUACAGUGUUGACACUGUCGCCUGGGGUCUUGCGCGCGUGAUCCUCACCACUGUUCUCAACAUCGUCCUCGCCAUCCUCAUCGCCGGCCGCCUACUAUUCUUCCGACGGAGCCUUCGUCGAGCUCUUGGAACCUCUCAGGCCUUGUCUGUGCCAUACAUCUCCAUCGCCGCCAUGGUCAUUGAAAGUUCCAUGAUUUGUGCCCUCUCGUUCCUCGCCUUCGCGAUACCGUACGCGCUCAACAGUCAUGUCGCCAAUCUCUUUUUACCUUCCAGCUUCAUCAUGCCCGUUCUUUCCACCAUCCUCAUCAACAUGCGAGUCGCAUCGCGCCGUGCUUGGGACUCGCGGACCAUGAUAGCAGCACCUUCGAACCUCACCAGCCCCCAGCGAGCGAUGACGUCAAUUGAGUUUGUUGCAACUGCACAAAAACCAUCGAAUUUUGCAGCGGUGGAGGAAAGCACCAACGCUGAUGGCAGAGGACUUAUGGAAACGAAUAUCACAAAAAUUGUGGACGUGUUGGUAGAUGGAGCGCAGCCGGAACAGGACAAGAAGUGA